AUGUGUGUGUUGUCCAUUAAGAUGCCCGUUGUCUUUGUAAAAAAUACUGCUUCAUACGCCUGGAAGCUGGCUCUCAUCCGUAGCCAAUUCAGUGACGACCGAAGACACCGAGCAUGCACCUGUGCGGACAAGUCUGGCAUCUGUUCCUGCGCCCGCCGAAGCACAGGUGAUCUGGGUAUCGACGUUCCAGAACGUAUGGAGUACCGCCAUUCUGCUGCAGCUGGCCGCAUUGGUUGUCUAAGCAGUCAGGCUCUGGAAGAGGAUGUACAACGUGGCGGCGUUGUCAGCCGAUAUGGCGGAUCCACACCAACCAGUGAUCGUCCUCCAAUCAUGCGUCAUUACACCAAUUAG